AUGUACGCCCCCUUCGCGGCCCAGGAAGGCAACGGUGGCAUGUUCGACUUUUUCUUCUCUGCCGCGGCCUCCGAAACCCCGUGCGCCAGCAGUGUAGGCAGUAACAGCAACAACACGGGCAUUGGCCACAGCGGCGGCGAAGCUACCAGCGGAUUCAACGCCGCGUCAGCAGGGCCCCUUAUGGAAAACAACAACGGCGAUGAGGACAAAGUUGGUCGACUGAACUUCGACUUUGCCUCCUUUUUUUUCCAAGGUGGGCAGAGCGGCGCCUACGACGACAUCGGACUCGAUGCGGCUGGACGUGGCGGUGACGGGGGCGGCGCAGAUUCGAGAGGCUUGGAGCACUACAUUCAGCGCGGCAGCGCGGACGCGGCGGAGAGCACCGGCAAGGGCGUCCUGCCUGCACUGGGCUUUUUUUUCCCAGAGGAUCAAGUAGCCCCGGCAGCGGCUGGCGGCUCUUUUAUUCCUCCUCCGGCCUCAUGGUACGUCGAGUCGGCUGCUGGUGCCGGAAACAAAUAUGCACCGCCGCAGGUGCAACCGCAGAGUGCAGAAGCAGUCAGGGAAGCUGUGACCAUGUCCAAAGGGAAGGAAGCGCCUCACACCGUUGCACAACCCAGUGCGGCGCUGACGGUCCUGAGGUCUGACCCGACGCACAUUGCCCCCGUGGAUCAAACGCCCGUGAAGAGACUGCCGUGUGAGCACGCCUCUUCAUCUGAGAUUGAUCAUGAGUGCUCAUUGGCCGCAGCGCUGGCUGCAGCACCAUCUUCGCUGGGCCUGCUCUCGGAUGAGGAGUCUCAGCGCACGGCGGUGCCGCUCUCGCGCAUCAGCGACGCGGAAGAGGCGAAAUCCGACGAAACAUCAACUAGCCUCGUUGCGGACAACUCUUGCCCAGAACCGGAAGCGUGUGAUAGCAGCAGUGCACAAGGGGUGGCCGAGGAGGACGCAGUGCCCGCCUCGACCCACAGUCGACAACCCCCACCGCGUGUACCUCUAGCCUCGCCGCCGCGCUCUUCGCAUUCAACAGGUGCCGCUCCGGCAGAUGCGGUGUUUACUCCAACGCCAGCAUCGCCCAGAAAGCCACCGGCACCCCUGACACCGUCGACAUCGACGCCGUAUCGCCCAGAGGCCCCCAUGUUGAUCGGGCCGACUGGCAGCGACGCUACUAGCGUGGCUCUGAGGAAAGCUAUCGGAGAGGCUGAGGAAGUGUGGGCGCACGCGGUUGACAUGGAAUCGAUUACCUGCCCUGUGGCUCGGAACGGGGAGAUGGGCAUGUCGUCUUCCGGCACCACACCAUCCUCUUCCUCCGACGCGGUCUUCUUUGCAGAAGUGGCGCAGCUGCAGCAGCAGACCGCACGACUGACGGAGGAGUCUGCCCGAUCCGCCACCUCUCUUCAAGCUCUGACGAGUGACCUGCUCCGCAUCCUCGGCCCCCACGCGGCGCUCUCGAGUCUCGCGGGAGAGCAGUACGCCGGGACACCGCUAGUGCAUCUGCCAUGGGCCCUGAUUGCAGUGCUGGAGGGAUUACUGAAUAACGAUGCAGAUGCGGAAGAGAGGGCGGAGGGUCAACCGGUGGCACCGCGCCCCUCUAGCGAUGGUGCUGAGAUUGACAGCAGCGGUGACCAUGACGCCUGA